AUGGGCAACGAGGUCUCUUCAGCUGUCAAUUAUAUUCCCGUCGUUGGGCAAAUCAAAGCUGGAAUUCACGCAGCCUGUGGAGAUUCGGACCAGGCACGGAAAGCUGUUGAAGCGUCUUCUGUUGGCUCGUGGACAACUGCUGGAACGCUUUUUGGAGUCGUCGCUGGUGGACCGGCCGGAGCGAUUGGAGGAGCCGUCGCUGGGCACACUCUCAAUCAAAAGCUCAACGGAAAA